AAAACAGUUCAUACUUGCAUCUCUUAACUGUAACAUCAGUAGUAAUAUCGAUAAACUUCAAACAAAUAUCUGCUUUUAAUAUACCUAAAAAUGGCAAACAAUUAUCGUUCAAUGUUAUUAUUGGUAUGUCUCACCUUUAUGGUUAUUGUUUCAUCUCCGGAAAAUGGAGUCGAAGCUGACAAACUUAUCGGUAGCUGUGUAUGGGGUGCUGUUAACUAUACUUCAAAUUGUAACAAGGAAUGUAAAAGACGUGGAUUCAAAGGAGGUCAUUGUGGAAGCUUUGCUAAUGUCAAUUGUUGGUGUGAAACAUAACACUUUUCAUGGAACACAAGAUGGCAGAAUUCAGAGGUAUUUAAGGUGGAUUAACAUUAAUCGUCACAUUUCAAGAUUAUUUAACAUCAUCUAAAUUAGUAAACUAUAAAAGUAAAUGUAAAUUAAUUCUUAUCAAUAAAUUA